AUGAAAAGAAACAAUGCUCCGCCAGAAAGUAUUAAGCAUGCUGUUGAAACCCAAAAUUCCGGUGAACCUGAGGAUGUAAGAUUUCAUAGAGAAUAUAUAAAAAAGUAUAAUAAAGAUGACCAAUGGAAGGAUGUAAAUAAUUUCGUUUUACACCCAACCAGUUACAGAUUCGGUAGUGGUGGUAGCUCAAGAGAAUCAAUCGGUGAAAUGCUCUCAACUUUGGGUCACCCUAUUUAUAUGGGUCCAUCAGCCACCGAUUAUGGACCUCAUAUUCAACCAUAUGUAUAUUUUGGUCAAAAUCAACACCAUAACCAAUAUAUACGUCAACCAUACAAUCAAAAUCAAUACCAUCAGAAUCAAUAUCAUCAUCAACAACAGCAACAAAUGUACAAUAUGGGUUUUUAUAAUCAACCUUGGAUGCAUAUCCAUCGUUUUAAUGUCUCUGGGGCUUUUAUUUCCUUCCUCUAUUUCGUUUUCGUUGUGUUCUCAGCCAAAACUACAUCUUGCUUUAUUGUUGAUACUAAUAUUGCUAAUUUGACUAAGAAGGUUAUUUGCACAAUACAACCAGUGUCGAUUGAUCAAUUUCAUUAA